UAAGAGUGGAGCGGAGUAGACUCGGUCGGAUCGGUGUGAAAGGAAACUGAAAAUAAAUCCCCGAUCGACUCGCCAACUCGCGACGGACGGUCAGUGGUAGCAGGACGGGCGAUCGAGCGUGAACGAUAUCUUGAAAAUAAGUUAGUUCCGAAGAUUUGCUGGUGUUUGUUUUGUGAGAAAAAUUUGCCGGAUGCUCCACCUCUCGGCGAGGAAUGCGGGAUAUUAACAGAUGAAAAUUUGUUUUUGUGACACCCUGGCCUGGAGAAGAGAGACCAUGAAGUAGGAGGAACCAAUGAGCAACCCGAUCGGAUAAUUUCCAUGAAGUGCGGAACUCUUGAUCAAUGGGCCUAUUAAAAAUCCGCGACUAUCUUCAUUCGAGACCUCCUGGCAGAAAAAAGAUAACGCUCUCUAUGCGGUAGAUGACUUGGAAACAUGGAAAGAGCCAAGGUCUCCAACACGGCUCCGUUAAAAAUGUACAGCAAUCGAAAAUCUUUCAUCAUCAAGCUCUUGGUUGUAGCAUGCGUGAUAUACUCGUGCAUUCACAUGUUGACCAACACGGCGGUUCCUGUUAUCAGAGAAAUGCAGGAAUCCGGCAGGAAUCUGGCAGCGCUGGGCUCCGGUCUCGACCAGGAACAGGUGACGGAUCAGGACGUCAAAUACGUCGUACCGAUUGUCGAACCUACGAAGGUCCAACCUUCUGAGAAACCUACAGAGAAAGUGCUAGCAACUGUAACGGUAACUCCCAAACCACCACCAACGGUUCUGGACAAAGUCCGCGAGCUGACGAAGUGUGUGGACAAACCUCUGGUGCCAAAGACCCAACAGCGCGGCGACUAUUGGGUCCUCUACAACUACAUAACCGCCGAAAAAACGUUCAAGUGCCACGAAAGCGUCACGUAUACGACGCACGCAGAUUUUUCCUUCAUGGACAAUUUGGUUCCGUUGCUGGAACGGUGGCAGGGACCAAUCAGCAUCGCCCUACACGCGCCCGGCAGCGAUUUUCCCGAUACGCUGGAUUCGAUUGCUUACUUGAGGGAUUGUACUAGUCCUCUGGUCAAGGAUUUCGUUACCUUCCACGUUUACUUUAGUACCAAGCACGUGCCCAAAGAGGUUCCCAAACACGGCAGCGUAUUCACCGAACCCUACAACUGCUCUCUGAGUCCUCCGUUCGUAAACGUCUCCAGCGAGAACAUGUACAAGGCUCAAAAGAAGCUGCUGUACCCAGUGAACGUGGGUCGAAACGUUGCCCGCGAGACUGCCCAAACCCAUUUCAUCCUGCCAUCAGACAUAGAACUGUAUCCUAGUCCUAACAUUAUUGAGAAGUUCCUAGCUAUGAUUGCCGAAAACACGGGUCCAUUACUCAGCAAGAAUCCGAAGGUUUUCCCCUUACACCUUUUCGAAGUGAGUGCUAACCAAAUCGUUCCCGAAACCAAAACGGUACUAAAAGAAAUGCUGGCGAAUGGUACUGCAUUGCCUUUCCACAAGAAACUGUGUCCCGGCUGUCACAGCGUUCCGAAAGCCAAAGAGUGGCAGAACGCUAACGAAACUGAAGGCGUUCACGUUUUCCAUGUGGGUAAAAGGAAUGGAAAAUUCAUACACUGGGAGCCCAUUUUCAUCGGAACCCAUGCAGAUCCUUUGUAUGACGAGAGAUUGAGUUGGGAGGGAAAAAGCGAUAAAAUGACUCAGGGAUAUGCACUAUGCGUAUUAAAUUACGAUUUUCUCAUAUUGGACAAUGCGUUCCUAAUUCACAAACCGGGCAUCAAGGUAUACAAAAAGGACCCUAGGAGAUCUAUGUUGGCUGCAAAAACGAAUCAGCUGAUAAAGAAAAUCAUUUUCCCAGAACUCAAGGUCCUGUAUGGCAUUAGAAAAGGCUGUGCUGUGUAGAAAAAGUGUAGUGUACAAAUUAUUUAGCCAUAUUAAUUGUGUAUCAGUGUACUCUUUUCCCUUUUGAUGGACUUGUUUACGAAAAUAUUGUGAUUGUUUAUUAUUUAUUAUGUACUGAUUGUAUUUGUUGAGAACAGUCAAUCUCAAUUUAUCAUAGCUGUAUCUUAACUCAUUCUCAAGCAGGAGUGCUUCAGUUACAGAACUGAUGAAUUAUUUUCAAUAUAAAUGUUUCGUGAAUGUAGUGAUUCAUUGACCUCUUUUUGAGGUGUGAUGCACGCAAUAAUUUCUAGGUCAGUACUUUCGACUCAGAGUCCUCUGGAACUGAACUACUUUCACGUUUGCACCCUCUGAAUUUAAAAUAUCAGUAUCUUGAGGCUCAGAGUCUCUGGAACGUUUGAACUACUUCCACGUGUGCAUCCUCUGAAUAGUUUGAACUGCUUUCAUGUGUGCAUCCUCUGAAUUGAAAAUAUCAGUACUUUAAGGAUCGGAGCCUUUGGAACGUUUGAACUACUUCCACGUUUGCACCCUCUGAAUUAAAAAUAUCAGUUUCUUAAUACUCAGAGUAUCUGGAACGUUCGAACUACUUUCACGUUCACACUAUUUGAGUUGAAAAUAUGAGAACUUUAGGCCUCGGAGUCUUGGGAACGUUUGAACUACUUUCACGUGUGCAUCUUCUGAAUAGUUUGAACUACUUUCACGUGUGCAUCCUUUGAAUUGAAAAUAUCGGUACUUCAAAGCUCGGAGCCUCUGGAACGUUUGAACUACUUCCAAGUUUGCACCCUCAGAAUUAAAAAUAUCAGUAUCUUAAGGUUCAGAAUAUCUGGAACGUUUGAAGUACUUUCACGUUCACACUCUUUAAGUUAAAAAUAUGAGAACUUUAGGUCGCAGUGCCUCUGGAACGUUUGAACUAGUUUCACGUGUACAUCCUCUGAAUAGUUUGAACUACUUUCAAGUGUGCACUCUUUGAAUUAAAAAUAUGAGAACUUUUGGUCGCAGAGCCUCUGGAACGUUUGAACUAGUUUCACAUGUACAUCCUCUGAAUAGUUUGAACUACUUUCAUGUGUGCAUCCUCUGAAUUGAAAAUAUCAGUUCUUCAAAGCUUGGAACCUUUGGAUCGGCUGCAUUCAAUGAAACAAAUAUUUUUUUUAACAAUUCUCCACUAUAUCAAAUAAUUCAAUUCCUCAAGACUAUUUUAGAAGUCUAUAAUCAUGUAUAUACAUAUUCGAAUGAUUUGAGGCCCACCUAAAACUUUCUAUUCAUGAAUCGAUUUCUUUUAGAAUUUCUAUGUAUAAGUUUUGUGAUGUCCAAUGACAAAUUAAAUACUCUUGAAAUACUUUCAAAAAUGUUAUACCCUUCAUCUCGUAAACAUUUAAUGGAAGCUUUUUGUGAUAUCUCAUUGAUACUGCUCAAUAGACAUACUCUAUUGCUCUUCUGGCUAGUCCCUUUGUAGAAUUUGAGAGAUAUUUUCCAGAAAUUAAACUACUCAUUUAUGUAUUUCAUAUUUCUCAAUCAAAUUAUUUAUUUAUUUCAACUCAUAACAUCACAGAAUAGAAAAGACUACUCAUAGUGUAAGCUUAGGUCGUGCUGUGUUUUUUAUCUUGUUUCUACUGUCCCAGUUUUUACCAAAUAGCACUUUGUAUAUUUUUCUAUAAGAAAAACUAGAUAUUUACGCUCAAGAUAUCUACUAUGAAAGUACCUUCCUUCGUAUUUUUAAAAUGCCUUCAUUUUUAUCAGUCGCUCAUUAUUAUGUUGUAUAAAUAAUUACAUUCCACAAGAUUUUACUUUGAUUCAAGUUUCAAAUUCUGAUUUUUGCCUAAUCACUUCGUCCAUUUACUCAAACCAGCAGUGAGUAGAAAAAGGCAGCCAAAACCUGUACUUCUACUAUAAAAAACACUUCAUUAGCUAAUUCCCGACAAUUAGUACAUUAACGACAGAUACUGAGAUGAAGAAUUUUGUGAUGUUUGAAUGAAAAAUGCAGAAGAAUAGAGUUUUCACAAUGUUUAUAUGUGACCAAUACUGUUCUUUUCCAUUUGUUGAUACUUAUCACCUUUUUGCUAUUUAUACCAGGUGGUUACGAAAUCAUUGUAAGCAGAGCCAUUCAAUUGUUUAUGAUGUACGAAAUUUGAAAUUCAUCAAAGCCAAUAUUUUUUAUGAUAAAUUAGUUGAAAAUCUAUACAGUGUGUAGUGAAAGUAUCAAAGCUGUUGAAUAUCAUUAUGAUUUGAAUACUACAUACUCACUUUCUCACUGGCACAUAAAAAUGAACAGCAUAAUUUCUCCAACAUUUUUUGUAGUGUAGAUUUUCGAGAUUAAUGAAGUGGAAUAUGGCAUUUGAAAAAAAUCGAGAAAAAGUACGUGGAUUAGUGAAAAUUUUUAAUUUCCGAAUUCUCGUUUGUUUUUUCCUACAUUCCAUUUAAAAUUCUUGACUCAAGUCCAUUUCCAGUUAACCUUGUAUGGAUUUACAAGUGUUUCAUCAUUGAAAUUAUUGGAUUUGUGAACUAUAUUUUUAUUCCGAAUUUCAUAGUAGUUGCUUUGGCAAAAGCGUACCAAAAAAAAUUGGAACUUUGUGAUCUGUCUCUCUGCCUAUCUGUUUGUUGUCUGCACUGCAUUCAAAGGAAACGAAUUAUCGAUUUGAAA